UAGUGUGUGAAUUUGUGCGUGUGUGCUAGGGGGGAUAGAGAGAGUAGAACGUGAUGAGUGGGAGUCCAGACGGAUCACAACAACAGAAGGGAAGGAUUUCCACCUUUCGCCUCCGAUUCAAGCCUUUCCUCGCUUCAUCGUUCAACAGGAGACUAUCAGCACCUGGCUCAGAUGGCUGCCAGCAUAGCAGCCACGGCUCUCCUGCCUCCAGUGAAGAGCGUGGUGGUCUAUAAGAAUGGAGACCCUUUCUACAGUGGACGCAGGUUUGUGGUCAACCAGCGACAGGUGGCCAGCAUGGAGGCCUUUCUGACUGAAGUGACCCGGAGCAUCGGGGCCCCCUUGGCCGUCAGGACCCUCUACACGCCCAGGCAGGGGCACAGGGUCUCAGACCUCCAGGAUCUUCAGACAGGAGCCAAGUAUGUUGCUGCUGGCUUUGAACGGUUCAAAAAACUUGAUUACCUGACCGCAAGAACGAAAAAGCAGCCUGCUGGCCGUGAAGAAACCCAGGCCAAAGCAUCCCAGAGGCUCAAUGUUUCAGCCAAAUGGAGAAAGUUUAUACCUCUACCAUGCAUUAUACACGUUUUCCGAAAUGGAGACUUGCUUUGUCCACCAUUCCGGUUCAUCAUUCCUCGGAGCAUGCAGCAGGACCUGGAGCAGAUCCUGAGUCUGGUCACUGAGAAGGUCAGCUUAAGAACCGGAGCUGUGCGCAGGUUGUGCUCUCUGGAAGGAGCGACUUUGUCGUCAGCCGUGGAACUGGAGACUGGCCACUGCUAUGUUGCCGUGGGAACUGAGAGGUUCAAGAAACUUCCAUAUGUGGAGCUGUUGGUUUCAAAAGCUACAGAGAGGUACAAGGUCCUCUGUGGAUAUUACCAAGGAAAGAGAAGGCUGUUAAGGAGAAAUGAGAACAGGAAAGCAGGAAGUGGUCCAGAGGAUCAGUACAGUGACUCAGCCCUCCUCGACUCCCCAGAGUCAGAUGGUCGCAGGGUGAAGUCCACAGGAGAUGAAGCUGCAGCUCCAGCAGAGCAGAGCAGGAGAGAGGAGACGUCUGCCUUCUUCUCCAGGCCCGUCAAGAUCCGCAACAACAGAGGACAGCCCAGACCCCCACUCAGCAACGGAUCUGUCCAGCCCAGCCUGUUGAAGAGAGCAGCACGGAGGAGAAGAGAGGAGGCACGAGGGGCCGAGGAGGUGCACGAGGACGAAAACACAGCUACAGAGCUUCCUGUUGACCAGAGAGUAGCAGAGAUAGUGGAGGAUGAGGAACAAAACGCUCCUCUAGACAACACUCAGCAGGAUCCUGAAAGGCAGCAGACGUCUUUGAAGUCAAGGCCUUCGUCAAACACAUCUCAGGUAGAGAGCAGGGAAGAAAAGGAGAGCCCACAGGUUGCCCCGUCAAUACAACAGAACACAACCAUCAUCAGGAGUCCUGGUGAAUUCAUCAAAGAGGUUUAACUACAGCUGACGAGCCAGCGGCUGUUUCUAUGAUGACCAGAUGUGCUCCAAUGAAUGUUUGAUUACAUUUGUAGUACUUUAAAAAAGUGUUAAGGAGCCAAGCGACAACUUGAAUUGAUGUUUUAUUUUAGAACAAAGUCCAAAAUGUGAACAGGCAUGCAAAAUAAGAACAAAUAACUCAGGAGAUUUAAACACUCUUUAGUUCUAGUACAAUCCAGAAUCUGACAAAACAACGCUAUUCUGACAUUAUCCCCUUCAUAAAGUUAGUGUUAUAUUAUAUUGUUGUGAAUCUGUUUUACAGGAAUGAUUCAUAAACUGUCUAGGUGUUCGGGGACGCAUUAUAUUCCAUAUUCAAAAUGUACAUAAGAAACAAUAUUUUUGGGAUAUUUUAAGACUCAGUCAGUGAUUCAGACAAAAAAUUAUGUUUUGCCAACAAUUUAUUAAUAGAAUACCAGCCACAUUCUGUACAGAAUCUUUUGUCAAUAAAAUACUGUAACAAUAAAAACUAAAUAUAUUACUAUGUACAUCACUGUUGUUUCGGAAAUACUUCAGACAUAUCGCGCAGCAUACAACAAGGUAACUCGCUAUAAAACAACAAAACCAUUAUUUUAUCUAACUCAGUGAUACAUUAUGUAAACAAGAGUCAAGACAGCCAGAAAAUAAGUAAAUGAAUAAUCGUCUUAUCCUCGGGCAAAACAGCCAUUUGUUCUCUCCUGUGUCCUGCUCUUUCCCAAACAGAAGGAGUCUGCAGUAAAAUGUCCCCGUUAAACGAAAAGGUUAGAUCUAAUUGGUUCAUUUUCAAAACCCAGCCUUAUUUCUGUUUGGUCUCUAUAGCAUUUAUGCAGAUGCCAGUCACAUAGCGGGGCAGCAGAGUACUUAAACGUAAAAGUUAACAACCACCAACUUGUAUGCAAGCCCCAUAAAUCUAGUCUAUCCUUGAGUUGAACCCCACAUGCACCCAAUUCCCCUUAAACUUGGCGUAAAAGCUUCUGGGCAGGUUUUUUGAAGCUCACACUGAAUUCAUUUAGGCACCAUUCUCCCACCAGAGCCGUUGCUCUAAGGAGUCGCUGUCAGAAUCUUAAUUGCCCCCUCUAGUCCCGCCCCAAAUCUGCUUUGGCCUUUCCUUCCCUGCAAAGGAACCACUUGAAGGUAUGGGAGUUUGUAUUUAAUCCUCAUCCCUGUUAGAGUUCCUGGGUCAUAUUCUGCUUCACAGUGUCUGUGUCAUUAAUGGAGCUUAUAACACACAGCGUGAUGCCAGCUGUGGUGAGGAACAUUCCCGCGACAGCCUCUGCAGAGAGUGAGGAGUGGGGAGGAUAUGAAAGAAAAAUGAAAGUGAAAAAAACACAUUUAAAAAGACAGAGCACAACCAGUACUGUAUUUUUUUCAGGCAGAGGAGGGAAUUAACUGCUCCAUAAAAUGCUAUAAAAAA